AUGACGGUUGGUUGCAACAGUUUCCUGACUUUAAUGUCACUAUCUUCGUUGGCUCUAUGUGCGCAUAGUCUGACUCCUGUCGCGUUUUACAAUUCUCCAUCAAAAGUUGCAGCGCCACCAUCAUCAUCAUCAUCGUCUCUAUUUAUGAGUGAUUGGUCGAGUUUCUCUGCACUUGAUGACGACGAUGAUUUGGAUAUGACCUUUGAUACCCGGGAAUAUGCCAAAGAAGAAGACUCACAAGAAUUGAAGGCUGAAGUCGGUUCUUCGCUGGACCCACCAAGCAUUGACAACGAUGCAGAACCUAUCAGCGUUCCAGCUGGAUCCCAACUGGCGCUCGACGAAGAAACGGUCUUGGGAGUUUUGAGUGCUUGUCGAGAGGAGAUUGGUACAAUGUUUGGGUACUCGGCUGAGAAUCGAGGGGUUGGUAUCACAGGUGGAGUCGACUUUGUGGAAAUGGAUGGCCCAACCGUUGUCCUACGAUUAAAGGGUCGGUUUUGGCAUCAGCGUACCACCGUCUUGGAUCGUGUUGCCAACUAUUUGCAACAAAGGAUUCCCGAAAUAAUUGAUGUCACUGUUGAAGACGAAUGGCAACUCACAGAUGAAGCAAAUGAAGCGUUCUAA